AUGCACGAACACAACGAACCAGUACAACAACAAGCGCAACUCGUCACGGGAAUGAUUGCCUAUGUGACAACGACCUUGUUAUUACCCUUGUUGAGUUGGAUUUAUUCAAUAAUUGUCACAACAACAGGAUGGGAGCAAACAACCUUUCGAGAUCAUGCAAACAGCGAUCAUAGAAACUCGAACACCACUCGUGAGAGUACAGAAAGAUUUGAUUACAUUCUGAAGGAUCUACAAUAUAUGAAAUGUAUUUCUUGGUCCAUUUCAACAUCUCUGCGAUUGUUGAAAGAUACACCUUGUCAAGAUGAACGAUUAUUGAGGUUGUUAAGAACUGAAUGGAUGAAUCAUAUCGAACAAUCGAAUCAAGAAUUAACAUUUCUAAUCUCGACCAUGGAACGAUAUAUCCUUACACAUUAA